GGUUAUAUCAACAAAGUUGACAGGAAUUAAUUGGAAUAAGAAUGGAAAUAUUUUUUAAAAAAGGUUGUGAGUUAGUGCUCCAAUAAACAAAAGAAUAUCAUUGUUAAUUUGAUCAAUAAUUUAUUAAGAAUGAAUAACUUUACUGGUCCAUAUGCAGAACAAAUAUUUGCUCUAAAUUUAACCAACAAUAAUUCAGAAAGAACAACAUAUACCAACAAUGUCCAAAUUAAAACCGAACCUUAUGCUAAAGAUUCCACUUACGUGCCAAAAGUUAAAACAGAAGCAAAUGAUUUUGAAGAAAACGAAGUGCAAUGUAAAUCUGAAAUAAUAGACCCCGAAUACGAAAGGUUUGAUCUAACAAAUUCAUCUAUCAGUAAUGAUAUGUUUUAUCCGAAUGCGCAAAUAAAACAAGAAGCUUAUGACUACGAAAGUACUACAGAUGAUAACUCCAACAAUGUACCAAUGGAAUAUGAAAGCCAUGAUUCCAGAUUAUACUACAGUAAUAAAUCUAAUACUUGUAAUACGUGUGGUAAAACGUUUAAAUCAAAUUAUUCCAUCAAAAUACAUAUGCUGACGCAUACGAACUACAGGCCUCAUAAAUGUCACAUAUGUGAAAAAGCUUUUAAAUUACCGUCUCAUUUACGAGAGCACAUUCUGACUCACCAGUCUGAAGGCCCUCAUAAAUGCACACUUUGUGAAAAGACUUUCAAUCAAUCGAGUCACUUAAAAAGGCACUUUUUAUUACAUACUGGACAUCGAGCUUAUAAAUGUGAAGAGUGUGGUAAAACAUUUGUUAGUAAUGGUAAUUUAAAAGAACAUAUGCUUACGCACAGGAGUGUGAGGGAUUAUGAAUGCGACAGAUGCCACAGAGCAUUUCAUAGACAUUCACAUUUAAAGAAGCACUUGGCAGAACACGAUACUGAUAAGUACAAUUACGAGAAAAAAGAGGAGUAUAUUUGUGAAAAAUGUGGUAAAGUUUAUAAAUUGUAUGCGGCUUAUAAAAAUCACUUAGAAAAAGAAGUGCAUGAACCAAAAGAAUAUAAAUGCCACAUAUGUUCCAAAGUGUUCUUUGAAAAACAUAAUUUAGGUCGACAUAUUUCAAGACACGCAAAAGAAAAAGUGUUUGAAUGCGGCAUAUGCAAUAAAGGCUUCACUGAAGCCUUUAAUCUUAAAAAACAUUUAAUAGUUCAUACAGGAGAAAAACCUUAUUCUUGCCAAAUAUGCAAUAAAUCAUUUAGCGCCGAUGCAAAUCUAAAAACACACAUGUUAGUACAUUCUGAUGAAAAGCCUUUCAAGUGCGAAUUCUGCGAUAAAUUAUUCAAAAGAGCAUAUGAUGUUAAAAUGCAUCAAAUGACCCAUCAAAAAGUUCGUCCCUGUAAAUGUGUUAUCUGUGAUAAAACAUUCACUAAAGAAAUAUAUGUUAAAAGACAUAUGAUGAAAUCUCAUAAAGUAUAAUAUAGUAUGUUAUUUUAUUUGUUGUUAUAAAUGAUCUAUUAAAUAGAAAUGUGCAAUAAAGUCGACCGGGAAUCUUCAGAAGGAAGCCGACUUGAAAGAAAUAAUA